AUGGACAGCUUGCGCCCCACAGGACAUGAAAAGUUGUUUGUCAUCGCGGUUAUUUUAAUUGGCUUCGUCGCAAGUUUAUGGCUCCCGUCGUUCAAGAUUGCCAGCGGUGGCAGACAGUUUGGACCUUUUCCAGCUGGUGGUUCUGGUGGUCCCGCAAGCAAUUCUAUUCAUUUUUUUCGCUCGGGGCAGUUUCUAGGCCCGGGUCCCAAAGCGAAAAUGCGCAACCUCGUUCUUGCGACACACGGUCGUUUGAUGUGGUUUGAUCCAAUCUCUAAGCAUGCCGAAAUUAUCCAUGAGGGAAGGGGAGUAUAUUACGGCAUGUUUCCUUCUGCAGAGAACACGAUGUGGGUCGUUUCCAGGCCGCACAACUGGCAUCCGAGGACGUCCUCAGAGGCCCUCCUCCUUGUAGACUACAGCAAUCGGAAAAUCAUCCGCGAAGUUGUGAUUCCCAGUCGUUUUACACAUGAUGCAAUAAGGCAUAAAAACCGCGUGUUCAUCGCAGACACUGGUUCUGGACGCGUGUUUGAGUUGGAACUACCCACCAUGAAUCGUGUUUUGUAUUCUGUGAAUUUUACAAAAAAGGAACACCCAAACACGUUGGCAUACGCUAACGACCCGUCGCACCCACAUGCUGUUUGGGUUGUGCUCCAUAACCUCGGGGCAAGUAAGGUUGCGCUGGUAGACUUGGAAAGUGGCAAACGACUUCGCGAGUAUGAAGGUAUUGGCGAGAAGGUCCACGGAUUUGUGCAAUGGGGUGAUGGGUUCAUCAUCCUUAAUUCCGGCGCUGGACAAGUGUGCAAGUUCACCCCUCCCAGUGAAAUGCCCGCCGGUCAAGUAGGUUCAGAUUCCAACAAAGGGGUACUCGAUAUUUUGUGGGAGGACGCCGGUAAGCCGUUCAUGAAAGGUCUAGCUGUUGUCGAGAACAUAGCAUAUUUCGGAAUUGCAGAGUCGGGCGAGCGUCCAUCUCGAGGUGAGGCUAGCAAGAUGGCUGAAGUAGCAGCGCUAGACCUGCACAGGCGGCGAAUCUUGUGGAAGACACGGAUUCAAACACGCGGCCUUCUGAAUGUCAUCGGAGCACCUCAUAUUGCAGAGUGGUCAACGUAUCAGCAUGUGCGAUCAUGGCCGCAAGUGCUCCUCGCAAGGACCCCAGCCCCAGAACAGGUUGGAACCAGUGCAGUCAUAGACGAAGAGGAAAAGCAUCCUAGCCCUUGGUAUCACGACUUCCGAACAGGACACUCCGAGCAGCUCUCGGAACCACAUUUAGGCGAGCCUAGAGUCUAUAAUACUUCAUCAGACAAGAACAAGCCAAAGCGCAAUCAUCAGAAUUUUCACACCUCGCCUUCUGGUGUGGAAUGGAUUGAUUUGCAAAAAAAAAAAACGUUUACAGCUACCAAAGAUGGCGACAUCUUUAUACAGCACGGGUCAGUCGAUGUUGCAGAACUGAAAGCGAUGCUGCAAACAGAUCCGUUUUUUUGCCGCCCAGAGAAUCAAAAGGGAAACGCAAAGCUUGGUGGAAGGCAAUCAAACAUGAAUCGAUUUAAACCAGGGGUCGAUAGUGUCAUUCUUAUUUUCUCCGAUUUUUCUGGAAUGUUUGUGUACAAAUUUCCUUAUUUUUACAAAUAUCAAGAAAAGCUCAUGCCAGUGUUGCUCUCUGUGUUGAGAGAUCACUUCGGACUGAGUGACCCGGUGCAGCACAUAAUGCGUCUUCAAUUUGCAUGUAUGAACCCGAAAUCGAAGAUCUUGAAGCAUACCGAUCAUGGCGGUUGGGUGAAAAAUGGGCACAGGAUACAUAUUCCUGUAGUGGUGCCCAAAACCAAUGACGGUUCAACAGAUGCCGUUCAGUUCGUUGUCGAUCAUGGUGAAAAAGGGUUCGUAAAUGUCCCACUAAAUGAAGGACAUUUUUUCGAGAUCAACAACGGCGUUCCACACAUGGUCACCAACGAUGCUCUGAGCCGACGAAUCCACCUUCUGGUAGAUUUUGCUGAAGAUCCAAUCCCGCCGACAAGACGCUUUGUGCUGGAGCCUGGGCAAGAGUGCGCAUACGACAAGCUUCAAAAUUGCGCAGCGCGAUUAGAAGUUGGAGCUUCUGUCUGACAAAGGCAGUAGCGCUCAUUAAAGUAGACACUCAACCUUUAUUGGAUCUUUAGCACACAUGUGAAAGUAACGUCCUAUUGCAACCUUCUCAACACCCAUUGGUGGUAAGUGCACACAUACAGUCGCGUUGAUUGUCUCCACUCCGACUGCAUCCUCACACUUUACAUGACCCAACGCAAGGAUCGGAGUCCAUAUCCGCGAUGGAAGGUUUCAAAUAUGGUCAUAACUCACAUCCCCGACCCAUUACCUUUGAAGGCACACAAGUGUUAGUGUAAGAAAAAUCAGCAUAUCUUUCACACGGGGUCGUCCCAACCACGAACCCAGUGAUGUCCUUUCAAAGCUCUGGUCUCUCUGUCACACUUUCUUCUCAUCAAGCUUGAGGUGUAUGCAUGGAGGGAAAUAAAAGCUCGGUUUCUCGUCAUCCGUGGCGGAGGCUGUUCCUGGCAGGUAAGCCAUCUGAACAGUUCAGGGUUCUCCUCAUCCAAGAUCUCAGAAAACUCAGCCCAAAACCCCUGGCUGCGCGAAGACAGAUUACAUUCAGCCCACGUUCCAAUCAGGAUGUCAAGUUCUAAAAAGCCUCUUUGUUUCGCCCUGUAUAUAAGUUUAUUCAAGUCCUGAACAAAAAUACUGCGUCAUCAUAGUCAUACAUCCACCAGGCAAGUGCUCAGUACCUCCGUUGGAAUAUUCGGGUCAACUUUGUGGCCUCGCGAGUUUUUCUGAGCCAAACCGGUUGAGAAAUGGAUGGAUGGAUUCUGCGGCACAAAUGUUAGGAACGUGCCAACAAUUCGAUGUCUGCGCUUUAGAUGCGCUAGAAGACUAUACAUAGUCGCUGAAUGGCACGUUCAGGUAGGCACGCACGUAGCCCAAGUAUAACAUUACGAAUGCUUUCUGAAUUUCAACCUUAAGGUUGGGCACACCAUAUAUCUUAUGAAGUAUAUUUUAUAUCUUCUAUUCGUA